CAUAGAAAAUGGCAUGGUGGUCACAGUUGUUCAUCGCUUGUCGUGGUUUGCCAAAAAGACAAGUAACCAACUCAGUUUUUGAGAAAACAUUCAAGUUAUCUUUUUGUUCUUCCACUGGUAUAGGAAAGACUAAUGUGAAUAGCACACCAAACGAAACUUUCAAGGGCAGACAAAACUUGAUUUCAGACAUAACUACCGGUGGUGAUAGCUAUGCAGAAAAAAGAGCUGAAACAACUAUGCAGUAUGUGAAGACUCCUGAUCCUGGCAAUCCAUGGGAACAUCCUUUUCAAGCGGUAGAAAAGGAAAAUUCUUCUUCCCUUGUCUUGAAGCAAGUGGAGAAAGAGCCCUUGAGUGAGGAACCUUUAGAAGGGAAGGAUGAGAUUUCCUUGGAGGAUGUUGAUUUACCAAAGAUUGUAGAUGAGGAAGGUCGUAGUUAUGGGAUAGGCGCGCGAAAGACUUCUACUUGUGAAGUUUGGUUGAAAGCAGGCUCUGGAAACUAUUUAGUUAACGGGAAGCCAAUGGUGAGACACUUUCGAGAAACAAGACUCAUAGAAGAGGCACUAGAACCGCUGCUGCACUUUAAUGUGGCUGAUCAAUUCGACGCGGAUUGUUAUGUUGUCGGAGGAGGUCAAUCAGGACAAGCUGGUGCUCUGAAACAUGGCAUUGCACACGCCUUGAAACUAUUUGACCCCGCUUACUAUCCAGAACUGUAUAAACUUGGUUACUUGCUACGUGACUCUAGAAUGGUGGAACCUAAAAAGAUAGGAAGAAAGAAAGCAAGAAAACAAAAGCAAUGGUCAAAACGAUAAUAAAAAGUUGAGUUUUCAAAGGA